AACAACAUAGCAACAACCUUAUAAAGGAAAAGAUGCUCCCUCUCUCUGGCUUCAGUUCAUACAGCAAGUGAAGUCAACACCACAGUCCUCUCAGACAACAUGCUCAGCCUCAUUAAACUGCCCAGAGUCUUCACCAUCCACCAAGUCCCAAAAGUGUUCCAUGAGGACAGCAUCAUCUCAGGCUACCGACACCCUCGCAGCUCAGCCACUGACUGCAUCCUCAGCCUCUUCCAGCUGACCAAUGAAACGCUCAAUAUCUGGACACACUUCCUGCCCACAUGGUACUUCUUAUGGAAGCUGCUGACGGUGGUCCUGAUGCGAGACGUGUGGAGCGACUCGUUCACAUGGCCCCUCCUGGUGUUCCUGAUGUCGUGCUGUGUGUACCCGCUGGCCUCUAGCUGUGCCCACACCUUCAGCACCAUGUCAACACGCGCACGACACAUCUGCUUCUUCUUCGACUACGGAGCUCUGAGUCUCUACAGCCUGGGCUCUGCCAUAACAUAUUCUGCCUACGUGAUUCCUGAUAAGUGGGUGAACAGUUUGUUCCACCAGUACUAUAUCCCCAUCGCUGUGGUAAACACUGUCAUCUGUACCGCCUUAGCCUGCUACUCCAGGCUUGGUUUACCAUAUAUCCAAUAUAACCAUCACAGCAUAAAAAGAUUCUCAGAGUGUAAGAGCCCAAAGUUUGGCAAAUUUCUCCGCAUUCUAGCUUUCGCAUUACCCUACCUGUUCGACAACAUUCCUCUCUUCUACAGGCUCUACUUGUGUGUGGGUGAGGGCUGCACUGACAACGAUACCAACGCUCUCCACCACACCCACAUCGCCCUGGCCUUCUUGACCGCAUUCCUCUUCGCCACACACCUACCAGAGCGCCUGGCCCCCGGCAGCUUCGACUACAUAGGUCACAGCCACCAACUGUUCCAUGUGUUCGGCAUAAUCGGCACUCAUUUCCAGAUGGAGGCCAUUGAGCAGGACAUGGUGACGCGACGCCCGUGGCUCCUCACGUACUCUCUGCCCAUCACCUUCACCAACACACUGGGGGCGGCACUGCUGAGUGUAACCCUCAGCCUUGGCAUCAUCUUCCUCUUUAGUCUGCCUCUGCUCUGGUCAGCCACCCGGGGAGAACACACUGAGAAGACACAGUCACAUCCAAUAGCCAAGGGCUGCCAGUACCACUAGCACUAGCCACAUGCUAAUGACAAUGUAUAUGGGAUGUAGGAACUGGAUGGUUCAGUUGGUGGAGCAUGGUGCCUGUAAUGCCAGGAUUGUGGAUUUGAUUCACAGGGCCACCCACAAGAAAAAUGUAUACAAACAUGAAUGUAAGUCACUUUGGAUAAGAGCGUCUGCUAAAUGGCAUAUAUUUGUAUUCUAUUACUAUGAUUAAACUGGACACUGUGGUGGGGGUGGGCUUGGGAGAAGAGGUGAACAACUGAAGUGAACCACUAUGGCUUCUUGGUGUUGGACAGAGGUGAAGUCCUGACAAGAUACAAUGUGGAAGGAGCAAUGAACUGUUCUUCACAUUGUCAACACGGAUGAAUAAACUGGUAGCUGAACAAGAGCUCCAUAUAUACUGCAAUGAGGGACAGACAGAGUUAGUGGUAUCUUUGGUAGUAUUACAUUGACUAUAGGACAAGUACACAGUACUAAACACGUAGGCCUUGCUUUUGUUCGCUGAUUUACCAAUGCUACUGAGGAGCAGAAAGAGACUGGAGCAGUUGGAAGUCAAACUGUAUAUGAAGAAUCAAUCCACUGAGGAGCAGGAAGAGACUGGAGCAGUUGGAAGUCAAACUGUAUAUGAAGAAUCAAUCCACUGAGGAGCAGGAAGAGACUGGAGCAGUUGGAAGUCACAAACUGUUUAUGAAGAAUCAAUCCACUGAAUGUUACAUGAAGAUGAAUUUUCAAUAUUCCUUCAAUUUAGUUUUUCUUUUUAAACACUAUUUUUAUACUAAAUAUAUUUAUCACUUGAUCAUUUUUAUACACAAACAAUGGAUAUGUACCACAAACACAUCAACAAUUUUAGGACCACAGUCUGUAGCCUAAGGGCUGUUAAGUAGAGGGUUUUGGUAGUAAAUUGUAAACUAAAAUCAGCACUGAAGGAUACAGUAACUUAUUAAUGAAGUGUACAGUAUGUAUGAUGGUCAGCUACUAAAGUGAAGCUGCCUUUUAGAGAUAAAAUUAUACAUGUCAGAUCUUUUCUGUAAACUGUUAAGUACAGUAUUAUUUAAAGCAUCACCAAGACAUCAUAGUUCUCCGUUACACAUUAAACGUUUUCUUUGGCUCCUGUAAA